AUGCCGCUCCGUGCCGCGCCCGCCCGCCGCGGUGCCCCGGCUCGCGCGCUGGCGGCGGUAGCGUGGUGGGCGCUCACCACCCUUUCCAGGACAGCCGCGGGCGCGGCCGCCGCCGGAAGUGCUUGGCCAGGGGGGGCCCUGCCGGAGGCGCGGGGUGUGGCGAAAUUUGCGUGUGAAGGAGAAGUAUGGUACUGCGCCUACCUCGACUGUUCUGCGGAGGAGGCGCAGGACAUCUGUUAUUGCAGCUGCUCGACCUCCACGAGCUCCUCGGCGACAACCGUAACCUUAACGACCUUUUCGUCCACAACUGUUUCGGUAACCACCGACACCAAAACAAGCGAGACACCUACUGGCACGUCAACCUUGACUUCCACACCGAUCACCAGCUCAGUCACGACAGGCAGCUCUACAUCCACCCUGACCUCCACUACCAUCACCAGCUCGGUCACGAUAACCAGCUCCACUGCCACCAGGACUGCCACCUUGACUUCCACAUCGAUCACCAGUUCGGUGACAACAAGCAGCUCCACGACCACCAGGACUGCCACCUUGACGUCCACAUCGAUCACAAGCUCGGUCACGACACGAAGUGGCACAUCUACUGGGACUGCCACAUCGAUCACCAGCUCGGUCACGUCAAGCAGCGGCACAUCCACUGGGACUGCCACAUCGAUCACCAGUUCGGUCACGACCAUUAGCAACACGUUCACCUUGACUUCAACAUCGAUCACCAGCUCGGUGACGGCAAGCAGCUCCACAUCCACCUUGACUUCCACAUCGAUCACCAGUUCGGUGACAACAAGCAGCUCCACGACCACCAGGACUGCCACCUUGACGUCCACAUCGAUCACAAGCUCGGUCACGACACGAAGUGGCACAUCUACUGGGACUGCCACAUCGAUCACCACUCGGUCACGUCAAGCAGCGGCACAUCCACUGGGACUGCCACUUACAUCACCAGCUCUGCCACGACGAGCAGCCCCACCGCCACGAGGACUCUUACCUCGAUCACCAGUGCGACAGCCUCAUCCAGCACCAGGGUGUCCCCAGUGA